CCUAACUCAGUUCGAUCACAUGCUUCGAAUGCGACCUUUGCCCUCAAUUCUUCGAUUCAAUCAACUCUUAACUUCAAUUGCAAAUCAAAGCAUUAUUCCACUGCGAUUUCUCUGUUUACAAAAUUGGAUUUCUAUGAUUUUUGUACACUUAACAUCGUGAUUAAUUGUUUCUGUAACUUGAAUCGAGUUGAUUUGGGUUUUUCUGUUUUUGGGAAAAUAUUGAAACUUGGUUAUGAACCAGACACCAAAACCUUCAAUACCCUUAUCAAGGGGUUUUGUCUUAAUGGUAACAAGGCUUCCGCACUAAAGUUUUUUGAUGAAAAUGUGGAGAAUGGGUUCCAACCCAAUGUCAUUACUUGUGGCAUUAUAAUGAAUGGACUAUGCAAAAUUGGAAACACUAGUGCUGUUAUUCUUUUGCUUAGAAAGAUGGAAAAAAUAGGAGGUUUUGAGCCUGGACUAGUGCAAUACAGCAUGGUCAUCGAUAGCCUUUGCAAGGACAGACUAGUAACCGAGGCUUUCAAGCUCUUUUUGGAAAUGAUAGGUAAAGUUAUUUCACCAGAUGUCAUCACUUACACGUCAUUAAUUCAAGGUGUAUCUAGUUUAGGUGAGUGGGAAGAAGCUACAAGAUUGUUGAAUGAAAUGGUAGGUAAGAAAAUCUGGCCAAAUGUUAAAACUUUUAACAUUUUAGUUGAUGCACUUUGUAAAGAAGGAAAGGCCAAAAAAGCACAAGAUGUGGUUGAAUUGAUGAUCCAAAGAGGUGUGGUGCCUAGUGUUGUCACUUAUAAUUCUGUAAUGGAUGGGUACUGUCUUUGUGGCCAAGCAGAUGAUGCAAGGAAAAUGUAUGAUGUUAUGGUCAGUAGGGGUUGUGCUCCUGAUGCUAUCACUUAUAAUAUCUUGAUUAAUGGUUACUGUAAGAUCAAAAACAUAGAUGAAGCCAUGAGUCUCUUUAAGGAAAUGUCUAGAAAAAGAUUGCUUCCAGAUAGAUGCACUUUUGCUUCUUGAUGAGAUGCAAACUCAUGGCCAAAUUCCUGAUCUGUUUA